CCUAGGCUGAUGUCAGUGGAAGUUCCCAAGUGCGCGCACGCACGCAUACAAAAGUUGCAGAGAAACAGACUGACUGCGAUUUUUGCACAGUAGAGAAGGAUGGGAAAUUUUAAAGGUCACGCUCUUCCAGGGAGUUUUUUCCUCCUCUUUGGCUUGUGGUGGUCUGUGAAAUAUCCGUUGAAGUACGUUUGUCGAAAGAAAAAGAACACUUCUCCCCUUGGUUCCAAAGCAGGAUUUCAGCGCUUAGAAUUUACUGAAGGCAUCAUCAAAGCGGUAUUUGCCCUUAUUGGUAUGAUAGCUGAGCAGUUUGUUCCUGAUGGACCUCACCUGAAGCUAUAUAAUUAUGAAAAGAAACAAUGGGAUCACCUCAUGAACUGGCAGCAUGCUACCAUGUAUCUCUUCUAUGGCAUCUCAGGGCUGGUGGACAUUGUGGCUCACAGCACUAAUGUGUUACCAGUAGCCAUGGACAGGAUGAUGCUUUCGCUAGCAGUUUUUGUGGAAGGUUUUCUGUUUUAUUAUCAUAUUCAUGGGCGAGUGAUGUUGGAUUUCCAUGUUCAUCAGUUACUCCUAGUAGCCAUCUUUGGAGCAGCAGUCUGCAUAUUCCUGGAAAUCUUCUUCCGUGGCAUUAUAGUCCUUGAGAUGUUGCGAACAAGCCUCUGCAUAUUGCAAGGGAGCUGGUUUUGGCAGAUUGGAUUUGUACUUUAUCCUCCAAGUGGGAGUCCAGAGUGGAACCAAAUGGAUCACAAUAACAUGAUGUUCCUUACAAUGUGCUAUUGUUGGCAUUAUGCGUUUGCGCUUCUAAUAAUGGCCGUGAAUUAUACGGUCGUGAGCUGGGUAGUUCGUUCAAAAAUGAAACAGGCCCCAACCAUGGAAAUCGGAUUGCUGAAAAUGUCUGAGCGUGACCAGGAGUCAGAAGAUGAGAUCUAGUUUCGCAUACAUAUUUUCUUAUAGCUGUGCUUUCUCAUUAAGCUGCAUUGGCACUCUAUGCCAACCCAUUUUGGCUUACAGCAUCUGUCUGUAUACCGUCUAUCAUGUACUGUAAUUCCACUUGAUAUUAUUUUUAUAUAUAGUGAAUUUCAUGGACAUUAAUUUAUAAAACUACCAUUAGUACUUUGUUUGUCCCCUACUUGAAGUGGAAAGAAAACAUUCUACUGUUGGGUUGGCCAGGGCUGACGUUGUCAGGUGAAAAUCAAUUCAGGUCUAGUAACAGAGAAUGGGGUAAAUGGAGAAUUUUGACACAUGGUGUUGAACAGAAACCCACAACUGUUGCAGACGACUGAUAGUAUACCUCUUAAAACCACAUAGACUAUUGAUAAACUGUACAGAUCUGUUUUGAAGUGUACCGAAAACGAUUCCCUUCUAUAACUUUCAAACUGUAUAUGUUGCAAAACUUGCAGCUAUGUUACCUUAUCCUGUAUUAUUUAUUACCAUGCUCUAACUGCCCAAAGGAUAGCAGAAAAAGCCAGUGUGCAGAAUCACUGAGCAUCACUAUUAAGAUAAUAUAUUGUAAUUCUGGUUUGCCAAAUAAUUUAGGUGCCAUGUGGGCUUUGUUGCUCAUCUGCAGCAGAUUCAUUUACUUGUAUAUAAAAAUUACAUAUUGCAUACUUAAUUUAGAUGUCUAUCUAAAGGCACCUUCUACUCAGAAUCCACUCUGUGUUUAGUGGACAGAAUGUUGGAUUUAGAUCAGAGAACCUGAAUUAAAAUUCCUACUUGACCGAGGCUUGGCAAAAGCUCAGUGGUAGAGACAAUGAGACUGAUUCAGUAUAAGGCAGCUUUGUGUGUUCAUGUGAAGCAUCAUC